GUGACUAUUAAGUGGCUCUUUUUUUUAUAAUAUUCUACAGCUGUUUUAUAUCGUGAUGGUGUGUGUAUACAUAAUAUUGUAAAUUACACAGCUUAUCGAAGGUUGUUUUUACAUCGACACUUUUUUGAUAGAAAGUGAGCUUGCCGAAAAUCUGCUAAGAAAAGUUCACAUAAGUAUUGAUUUGUGGAAGAUCUUGACUACACCAGUGUUUUAGUUGAAAAAAAAUCGAAGCUUAACAGACAAAAUGGUGAAACUCUUUGCAUUAUCAGUCAUGUACAAAAAUCCAACGUCGGCGACUGUAUUGAAGUCUGCAUACGACGUCGACUCGUUCUCUUAUUUCCAAAGAAGCAGCAUCAGGGAGUUUAUGUCAUUUGUUAGUAAAACAAUAACGGAAAGAACGCAAGUCGCAUCGAGGCAGAGCGUUAAGGAAGGAGAUUACAUGUGUCAUGUUUACGUACGAGGGGACAGCUUAGCUGGAGUCCUUAUAUCGGAUCACGAGUAUCCUCACCGUGUCUCGCAUACUCUGAUCACUAAAGUACUUGAUGAAUUUGCAGCAAAGUACCCUCCACAUACGUGGCUCACUCUAAAAGAGCCAACUGUUGAUUUUCAGCAAGUUCAUAUAUAUUUGUCUAAGUACCAGAAUCCCAAAGAAGCUGAUUCUCUCACCAAGAUGCAGGACGACUUGGAUGAGACAAAAAUUAUUCUACAUAAUACAUUAGAAGCUGUUUUGCAAAGAGGUGAAAAGUUAGAUGACCUUGUGCAAAAGUCAGAGGGUCUUAGCAUUCAAUCUAAAGCUUUUUACAAAACAGCAAGAAAAACUAAUUCUUGCUGUAGCCUGACUGGUUAAAUUGAAAUAUCUAUCUACGAUCCGUAUUUGUUGAUUCACAAAAACAUUCUGCUUUGACUGAGUAACCAGAUCCAUUUACAU